AUGGCCGACGACGAAGGAGUUGAUGGGUUAGUAAUUGUAAGGUGAAAAAUAUAUAUUUUCAUGUAUUUCUGUAUUUCUAACAAGAAAUGUAUUUCACUCAGGUUUGAUGAUGAUGUUGAGCAAUAUGAUGAUGAGGAACCACUGGAAGAUGUCGACGAUUUAGAGGUAUUUUAAAUUGAAGUAUUGAACAUCAGAAGUGAUUCAGAACAUGUUUAAUUACUUCAAUAAUGCAUGUGGCUUUAAAACAUUAAAUGUUUCGCUCGGGCCACCCCAUUGAUCCAGACAGUGAUGUACAUUAAUAUACAACAAAUGCAUGCAACAGCAUAAACAUAAAUAAUAUACUAAUAUUGAAUAUGCCCAGGGACGCCGGAACUGGGGGGGCGGCUGCCCCCCUUGCCUUUUGCUAGGGGGGGCAGGGGGGGCAGAAGUGCCCUUUUAGUUGUAAAAUAAUAUGUGAUAAAUCACAUUUCCAACGAUGCUUUUUGUGGGAAAAUCACGAGAUUCAGGUAAUUUAUAGUUUAUAUUUAUAAAAAUUUUGGGAAAUUUUUGGAAUUUAGAAAAAUAUUUUGAAGAAAUGGCGAAAAUUUAAGAUAUCCGGAAAAAUUUUGGCUUCACGGAAAAUUUUUGUAUGUCCGGAAAAAAUUUUUGACCCCUAAAAUGGUACACUGACCGAAAUUUUUUUGGCGACGGGGGGGGGGGUCGCCAAAAAAUUUAGCAGUGAAAAAAAAAUUUUCAGUAAAGGUGCCCUUGGUGUGCGUCCGCCCCCCUUUGCCCUAUUAUCGUUCCGGCGUCCCUGAAUAUGCCCGACUGGCUGAUAUAGAAAACAUCAAAAUUGCAUGCCCGAGAUAUCUCGGUUUGCACGAUACAAACUUUCCAGUUUCCACACUGACACUGGAUGGGAAGUAACAUUUCUGAUUCAUGUGCUUGAACGGGUGUUCGAUGCGGGGGUUAGGGUGAAUAUUAUGGUGUUAUUAAGAGAUUACGGCACCGGAUGCCAGGUUUAAUUAUUGGUCAACAUCAGGUGCCCACAACUAACCCCUGGCAACUCUGCAGGGUCAGGACUUCGGAUAAAAUAGCUCUUUAAUAAAUUAGAUAUUGCCAAAAUUACCUGCACUCUCAAACUUAAUUUCAUGACUUUGUAUAGCCUGUUGAUGAUGGUGGUGGAUUUGAAAUCUUACCAGAAGGGGAAGAGGGUACAGAAUCAGCAAAACGGGUUACCACACCCUACAUGACAAAAUAUGAAAGGGCUAGAGUUCUUGGUACGAGAGCCUUACAGAUAAGUAUGGGAGCACCAGUCAUGGUAGAGCUUGAGGGUGAAACAGAUCCAUUGCAAAUUGCUAUGAAAGAAUUAAAAGCACAGAAGAUACCAAUCAUUAUUCGUCGGUACAUGCCAGAUGGAAGUCAUGAAGACUGGGGCAUUGAUGAACUUUGUACAUGA